AUGACUUCCAGGUAUAAUACCUUCAAUCCGGGAUUCACUAUUUGGUUCCAAGGGGAACCCAUCGUGCACAUCUUCACCGAAAUAUUCUUGAAACAUAACGUGAACAUCGAUAAGUGCGCACUGGACAUCAUCGCAGAGACAUCGAUGGGAAAGAAAAGUUUAUGCGAGAUCUCCACCAGAAAGUACACGAACCCCAUUUGGGCCAACGAUUUUCUUUUCAAGUUCACCGAACCUGGUAAAAGGUUCUUCGAGACCCGAGACUACGUGAAUGGGAUUACGCUUAAGAUCAUUGAAGAGAAAAGAGACCAACCGAAGAAGACCAAAAGCACCAUCAGAGUGGACGAGCUCGGUAGGAAGGAACGGCAGGCUUUCAUCGAUGUCACAGAGAACCCAGAACGGUUCACUGAUGCAGAAAUCAUAGAAGAAGUAAACAGCUUCAUGUUCGCCGGCCAAGAUACCAGCUCGAUCACCACGGGUUUCACUCUGUUCGCUUUGGGCAACGAACCUGCGAUCCAAACUAAAGUCCACGAAGAACUGGACGCGAUCUUCGAGAGUUCGGGCAGCGUCAUCACGCCUCAGGACGUCGCGUCUAUGGACUACCUGGAUAGAGUGGUCAAAGAGGCGAUGCGAUACUACUAUUUUGUGCCAUCCGAAGAUUUCGUUUUGGAUGGGCGUCACAUUCCCGCGGGUACCACCGUCAUCCUAGACCUUUACGAACUGCACCAUAACCCGAAGCACUUUCCGGAGCCUUUCAAAUUCGAUCCCGAUAGAUUCCUCCCCGAAGAAGUAGGCAAACGUCACGUCUACUCUUACGUCCCAUUCAGCGCAGGUCCCAGAAAUCUCGGACUGUGUUUCAAAAUACCCGACUAACUUCUACUUCAGGAAGUUGUAUUGACAAUAUCUUUACUAACUCAGAUUCGGUUAAAACAAUUGUAUUAGAAC